UCAGCAGGACUACUUGUCCCAAGAUGCAGUUCCGCACCUCCCGGCUCCCUAGUUACUAUCGCCUAGCGGCUUAUCAAAAAUUUGGCUUUGUUGCAUAAGCAGAUCAAGACAUAAAUUUUCUCUCGUGAACAGGAGUCUAGAUUGACGUAUGUCCGUCCAGGAAAUAAAUAAGCAUGCUGUUCUCCCUCCUAUCAUUAGUGGAAGUGACAAGGAAUUUUUGGAAAGAAUGCAAAGAUACAUAAUUACAGAAACUGAAAGAGUGUGCUGUAAUGAGGAAGGACCUGCUGAUGAAUAUUACAUCAUAUACCGAAAUGUUUUUGAUAAGGUAAUAGAAUAUGUCACUGCAUACAAAUCCAUUCUUACUUCAAUCAAGAAAGAAUAUGACAGAUUUAUUGAGACAAUAAAGAAAGGCCAAAGAACUGCAUUUUAUCUUCAUGGAAAACUUAAAGUUUUGGCAGGAGAGCCCACAGCGUUGGUAUACCACAGGAAAAGAAUAGCCCAACUUCAAGCAAAGAUGGGACUUAUUGAAAAUAAUUCCUCAAAGAUUCAAUUGCAGAUAAAUGAAAUGAAACAAGUCAGGGCAAAGUAUGACACAAAAGAAGAACAAUAUUGUACUUUCUGCAAAGAUCCUUUAAAACCUAUUCCAGGCAUGACUCUCCAAGAAUCUGUCAGUUUAGAUGCUCUCACUAAAUAUUUGAAACAUCUUGAAGGUAAAUACACAGAAAUUGAAGAACUUAUGUCCAAAAAAUAUGUACCUAUUCAGAGGAAGGCAGAUUUAGAUGAGGAAAUGACUGUGGUAUUAGAACGGCGAGAUUCAACUGAAAAUCUGAACAAUGAAUUACAGUUUAGUCAUCAAAGACUGCAGGUUAUUUCACAAGCACUUACUUUGUGGGUAAAAUCUGAUAUGAGCAGAUCAUUUCAAGACAUCGUGAAGAACAUCCAGAAAAGUAAAGAUUUACACGAUAAACAAGGCAUUGUUGAAGAGCUACUUGAAGAAGACCCAAGCAAGGCGAAAGAAGCUGAAAUUUUGCUGUACUUCAUUGAAAGGUUCAAUGAAUUAAUCUCACUUGGGGAAUAUGAAAAGGCAGUUUAUUUUGCAGUGAAUGGUCCUAGAAGAAUUCUUCAAAAUAUUGGGACAGUGAACAAAUUUAAGGCUAUUGGAAAAAUUAGAGGAAAACCUUCCCCAUUACUCUUAUUUUUUGAGGCUGUCUUUAGUAUAAGUCAUGCUUUUAGACAUCCUGUUGAUGCAGUGCUAACUCUGGAAGGAAUCAAGUGUGGAUUGUCUGAAAAACGUUUAGAUUUAGUCAUCAACUGGGUCACCCAAGAAAGGCUGACAUUUUCUGAGGAGGCUGGGGAUGUGAUUUUUGAUUAUGGGGAGCAGAAUACUUAUAACAAGGCCAAAUGUCUGGCUUUAGCUCAGAUUAUCUACAGUGAAUGUGGCUUGCACAAGAAGGCUCUUCUUUGCCUGUGUAAACAGGGUCAGAUUCAUGGGGCCAUGGAAUACAUACAACAAUUCAAGGAUUUUACUUCUGAUGACCUGAUGCAGUUAAUAAAGUUAUGUCCCAACACUGAAUUGAUUCAGUGUCUCACUAAAGAGUGGAAUGGGAAACCACCAUAUUUAUCUUUUGGUCUUGCUGUACUUCACCUGUUCUCUGUAGACAUGAAAAAAGUUGGGAUUAAGCUACUUCAAGGAAUAAGUAAAGGUGGGAAAGAUGCAGUUGAACAUCUUAUGAUAACUGAUCCAUUUUGCUCCCUAGAAAAGUGGCAAGAAGUAGCAAAUAUAUGUUUACAGAAUGGCUUUGACCAAUUAUCUAAUGACAUCAUGUCUGUUCUUCGAUCUCAAGCUGGGGUUACAGAAAUUUCUGAAGAGGAUGAUACAGUCAACUUAAUGCAGCAUGUUUUUUGGUAG